AUGAACAUUACACCAACAACAACAACUCAACAAAUUCUUGCAAUUGAAUCUGUCUGUUUAACAUCUCUUCUUAUCUUCACCAAUAAAGUCAACCAAAAUAAAAGAUCUGAAUCUAGAUUGAUCACAUUCUCAUUUGGUUAUACAAAUAUAGAUUCAUUUUUUGCUGAAAAUCUUAGAAAUGGUUCUGAAAAUUCUAAAAAUAUAUUCGUAUUGAUGUCUCUUUUCAUGCAAGCCGGUCCAAAUAUAUAUCCAGGAUCACCAUAUUCAUUGCUUUGGGGAUUAAUCAAAAGGCAUGCUCGACCUGAUAUAUGUCCGGCAUCAAUUAGAAUUGGAUCCGUUGGAACAAAUACAAUUGUUGUUUGUUUAAAAUCACAAGCGUUAGAAAAAACAAAAGUAAUUCUAAUGACAUUGUUAAAGAGUUUUUAA